AUGGCAAAUGUGGGAGUGGGCCCGUUGGGGAUGGAGAUGGUGGCAGAUGUGAGAGUGGCAGAUGAGGGAGUAGCCCCGUCGGAGACCGUGGCAGAUGAGGGGAUGGAAGACGUGGUGAGCCCUAGGGUGGAUGAGGUGGCAGUGUAUAAAGCAAAAAAUCGUGCUGUUGACAUGCCGGAGACAGUGGUCGGCAAGAGGUCGAGAGUGCCAUCACAAUACGUCGUCUUUUCCUUUACGACUGAAGCAAAGAGGAGGAGGUUCAUCAAUGGGAGGUACCCCAUUCUGUUCCGGGAGAUUGACCAUGCGAAGUGGAAAGCAUUUGAGGCUGAGUGGCGAAGAAUGUUGCUCGGAGCCACGCACAUGAUAGCCGGAAGGACGAUAUUGGACGCAUACAAGUGGUUCCAUGAUAUCACCACUCAGGGGGCUUGGCUCGUCGACGAUUACAUCGACAUGGCCAUGAACUUGUUGCGCGAUCGAGUUGAGAGAUAUCCACAAUCAUUCCACAAGCCUGGCCGCAUAAUACUGAACACCGAGUUUUUUCGUGCCGUUACCUCUUGUGCAGCUUUGAAGAGCUUUACCUCUUGUGCUGGGGCUAGCACGCUUGUGCAAUUAUGUGAUUUCGCACAUCGAUCGUGAAACCACUGCUGCAGCUUCGUACGGAUAUUCUCAAUUAGUGCGAGAAUGGGUAACUCUCGAUCCC